CAUAGAUGGAUGGAUGUCACGGAUGGAUGGAUGGAUUGUUUUGCCUUUCCAUUCACGGCAGCGGCGGUCCGGUUUUGUCGCUGUGUGGGCUGUGCGUCUGUCGUAUGUGUGUGUGAGUGUGACUGUGUGUGCUGUGCCUGGGGUGUGCUGCAUUGCAAAGCAAGUGGAUGCGCCGCGCCCCAAUGGUCCGUCAAUCCUUGCGUGAGUGGGAUGCGUUGCAGAGCCAGAAUGGCUGAGCUGCGACCAGAAGCUUCGUGAGUGAGUGAGCGAUUGAGGGACACGUGUGUGCGUGAUGUGAUGUGUGUUUCAAGGCGCCUGACGUGACUGACGGGUAUCUCCCCUCCCCUCCCGUGAAAUGAUUGGGCUGUACAAGUCGGUUGGUUGAAGCCCUCCUGGGCUUGCGGGGCGGCGGCGAUAUCGACAUGACGCUGAGCCGGCGGAUCACACCGCCCACGCCGUUCGGCGGGCCCCGCACCCGAUCGAGUCGCGCCAGGCCGCACUGCGCACACGCCGACACAGACAAACGGUCACACACAGGUGAGCUGUGCCAUCAACGACGUGUGGUGUGUGUCCUGCUCACCCUGAGCUUCUUGAACAGGUCAGAGUUGCAGCGACACUUGGGAAACGUGUCCUCGUCAUAGGGGUCCACCUGCACGCAUGACGUGGAGAGUGAGUGCGUGUAUGGUCUGAUUGUGUUUUAUCGCCGGACUUACGUCAGCACACUCCUCACACAACUGAAUGCCGUUGCCUGCACACACAACACAUAACACACAUACAUACAACAGAGUACACAUCAUCAUGUGAGCAGCUGAGCUGACCCAUGUUAUAGUCGGCGAGGGCGUCACACUCUAUGCAGCCGGCGCGGGCAUACUGGUGCUUGGCGUCGCCCUGGUCGAAUAGGCCAGGGUCAAAGCCAAACGUGACCCUGAACACACACACGGACACAGACGCAGGCACACAGAUGCACCUGGUUGGAAUCAGCCACUCAUUGCAGAUGUCGCCUACCGUGCCGCACAAAGUUUCUCCUUGUGGGGCUCGAUUCGCUCGCGCCACACAUGCCGGUCGCCCAUCAUAGAUGCCGCCCUCCAGUCCUUCGACACCCCCUCCACCCUCCCCAUCUCCCGCCCCUCCAAAAAAGUCAUGACGUGUGUGAUGACCUCACAACCAAGGCCGGCCGACGCAGCCGACCCUGCAGCCGACCCUGCAGCAUGGCCACCCCCCUGCCUUGGAGCGUUGCCGACGCGCCUGCGGCGUUUCAUGCCGGAGGGUGCUGCUUCCGCUCUCUCGCACGAACUGCGGCCAGCCAACGAGAUGGAUGCUCUCUGAUAUGAAUGGGCAGCCUGCUGUUU